CAAAAUGUAAACCCAAGAUCGAUGAAAUCGAUAUAUAAAAUUAAAUAUGUACCACAACUGUUCUAGUUUCGCAUACAUUUACAUCUACGGUGGACUUUAAACAUGGCGGAUUAUAAAUUUACCGUGCUUGUUCUACUGGUAGUAAUUGGUUUGGUCCAAGGACAUAAUCAUCGUCAUAAACACAGCAGUCAUGACGAGGAUGAAGACAAACCGAAAGGGCUUUCUGUUGGUAAGACGGCUGCCAUUGCUAUUGGCGGGGGCGUAUGCAUGGCUCUCCUCAUAAUUGCUAUUGUUGCAAUUGUAAAGAAAUGCAAGGCCAAGCCGGCGGUACAACCUGAGGAGGACAAACGCAGCAGGACAGUGGUUACACCAUUGGGCCACACAGCCAACCCGCUAUACGAUGAUUUACCACCAAAGUACAGCUUGCGUCCCCAGGGGCCGAUUAAAGAAGUUUACCUCCCACCGUACCCUGAGGAGGAAAAGAAAAUUCCCCCGGUGUAAAUUACCAAAGAUCUGUUCCUGUUGGAUGAUAAAGUGAAUUUAAAACUGAAAACACCUUAAAUCUAACAAACGAAACUACGAUACCUUGGCCUAAGAAAAUUUAAUGAGAAUUAGAUUAUCUUUUUUUUCACUAAAAGCUAGCUCAGUAAAUCGAUGACAUCACUUUCACUUCGUAAGCACUUUCUUCAGCAUUAAUAAGUUAGAUUCUUUUUUGUGUGUUAUUUUCCAGCUUUUGUCUGGAUUUUUUUUACAAGUUUUGUUUUGGAAUCUGUGACAUCGGAUUUAUAGGAUAUAUACGUACAUGUUCAUAGUGUAGAUUGGGUUUUAUCGUGUUUAACUUUUCUUUAAAUCUACGUUCAUUGACCUCAUUUAACGCAUAUUUUCACAUGCAUCUAGAAGCGGGCUUCUUUGAUUUUAGUUGAUAUAUGUAUAUAAGUGUAUUAUGUGAUUUGUGUCUUGACUUUUGCAAGAAAAAUUGUACUAACAAAAGAUAGACCGUCACGUGACAUUGAAAACACUCAAUGGUGUACAUGUAUUUUUUUAUUCAAUCGACGCAUCCGAUUGUUUUUUUGUUUUUUUUUUUUUGGGUUUUUUUAAACGUCCACAUUUAUUAACCUGUAAUCGUAUGGUUAUCUUUAAGAUAAGUCUUAAUUUUUCGAAUUAUUAAUUCGAUUCCAUUUGAAGCACGCUUACAACUUCUAUUUACAGUUCAAGACCACCAGGCAAUAUUUAAGUGUUUUGUCAAGUAGAAGAUAUUUUUUCAACGAUUUAAGUCUUAUCAUUAUUUUGUAUGCAUGCUAAGUUUAUUUGCUGUCCUUUUAAGUCUUCAAACAGACUUUUUACCAUCUAUCACAGAAUUAAAAAUAUAUUAUUUUCUAAUCAAAUAAAAAAUGUUAUUAAGUUAAUAAUCGAUAGACAUUCAUCUUUAGUUAGCACUUGAUAUAUAUUAAUAAGUAUUUCGUAAAGUAUGUGAAUAAUUCAAGAUUAUUUACACAGUUAAAGUAAUUAUAUUUUCAUUUUCUGUUUAACACCGCGAUAUUAUUUCAACACUUUUUGAUUUCUAUGGUU